GUAGCAAGGAGUAAGAAAGUCUCUGCAGAAUCAUACAUCAGCAUUAAGCACAAGCAGCAGCAGCAGCGUCAUCAUCAUCAAUCAUCAUAUCAGCAUCAUACCCAUUGAAGUAGUCAUCUCCGUCAUCGUCAUCAGCAUCGUUAUCAAAAUCAUAAUUAUCAACGGAAUGCUGUUGGACAUAACUUGGCUACCGACUGCCUGCGGCUCUUUGGCUCCAGCUUUGAUACCACCAGCACAUAUUGUCAUCCUUUGGUAUUUCUGGGAGAAUUAUGCUCGCUAUGUGGAUAGACGAUUCUGCACAUGCUCCUGCUGGGACACUGUAUUCAAGGGACCCUACGAAUCGGGUGUGGCCUCGUAUAAGCAUAUGUAUUUCAAUGCCACUCCCAAUAGCUUCAAAAUGUGGAUGCUAACGGUGUUUGCAGUGAUAGCGCUCUAUGAGUGCAUCAAGAGAUUGAUGGCGUUGAUACUCCAGCAGCGUAUAAGAUAUUCCAUGCUGUUGCUCUUCCUGUUGUCCAUAUUCUCGCACUAUUAUGCCUGGUGGGCGUAUAUCAACUAUUACAACGAUGACUACUAUACUCAAUGGAAUCAUCAGCUCUUCUUUACAAUAACCGAAUUGAUCUCAACGGUGUUAGUUAUGCAUCUAGCAUCGACAACAAAUGUGGUUACACCAAAGAAAGUCUUUUGCAUAGUCGGCAUCGCCCUGCUGCAUAUAUUGGCCAGCAGUUUUGAUCAGUUCUUCAUGAAUGUGGUGCGCGGCGAGGGCUAUGCCCAUCAGAUAGUACGUGAUAUUGGAUUCAUGGUGCCCGACCUGCUGCAAUUGCUUGUCCCAGUGUGGCUGUUGCGCCAGACCCGGCGGGAAGGCUACUCGACGCGUCCCUUCCAUCGAGAUCGAAAACUGCAUCGCGAUAUUGUGGCCAUGUUGUGCCUGGUAUCGUUGCUCUUUGUCCUGUGUACCGUUUUGUGAGAGCGACUCAUGCUGGAUGCCUACGAAGAGGCGAAUGGCAGAAAACUGGAACCCGUUCAGGAUGCGGCAGUGCGACUCUUGAAUCGAUAUCGUAUGCUGGCCGCCAGUGGCAAUGUGCACAACUAGAAGCAAUACACCACGCGAAUGGUAUGUGAUGAUGUGAGAUGAGAGAGAAAUUAUCGACAUGGACAAUAUGCUAGUGAGUGUGUGUAUUUUUUUUUUUUUUGUUUUUUUUUGAGGGGGCCAUCCAUUGAGGUGCCCAUUCCUGUAGUAUUUUUGAGUAUUUUCCUUUUACCAUUUAACAUUUGUGAUAGUUACUUGUCAUUUUUUGUUUUGUUUUAAACUAUUGCUUAUACCGGUUUUUGUUUCGUCAUGAAAGAAAAUCAUAUCCAAUAAGCAUUAUAACAUACAUAUAGAGAACACAUACAUAUACAUACAUAUAGAGAUAUAUAACAAAACUAAUCAAACGAUUGAGAAGAAGGUGAAGAAGAAAACCACUGUUAUCUUCCAUUUAGAAACGUUGAACAAUAGGUAUUAUAGUGAGACAUAUCCCCCACACAUACAUAUUAUAGUAUAU